GCCGGGCCGCCCCGGGCGCCGCCGCACCAUGGCCGCGCUGCGCCCUGCCCGGACUCCCGGCCCCCCCGCCUGGCUCCUGCUGUCCCUGCUCUGCUGGGCCCUGGCCUCCCACCGCACGGCUGCCAUGGCCCUGCAGCCCCCCAGCAUCACCGACCUGCGGAUGCCGGCAGAGCCCCCCCGCCCAGGCGAGAGAGUGACGGUCUCAUGUGAGGCGACGAGCGUCCUCCCCGAACUCACGCUGCUCUACUGGCUGGGGAACGGCUCCUUCGUGGAGAAGCUGCACCCGGACGGGGCCGUGCACGAGGGGACGGUGCUAGAGGAGCCGCGGGGCUCGGGGGUGACGCUGCGCCGCGACCUGCACUUCGACUCUUUCGACCCCCGGCACCUCCACACCAACUUCACCUGCGUAGUGCUCAGCCCCCUCGGCGUCGACACCCGGCAGCUGCGGUGGCCACUCCCGGCACCGGCACCGGCCCCGGCCCUGGCUGAGAGCGGGGGACUGGGCUGAGAGCGGGGAGCAACUCGUGACGGGUGAGCGCCCCGUGGUGCGGGUCCCCGCUCCCAUGGGCCCGCGCCACUGCGUGGGGACGUGACAACUCCGUGGAGGCCAGUCUCCGUGCCCCGCCGUGGGGUCUGCACGGCCCCUCGUCUCCCGGCCCCACUGUGCGGGGGGCUCCCGGUGCCCCUCACCAAGCAGGGGCCGAUGCCCGGGCCGGCCCCGGGAC